GUUGGGCUAUAAAUUAAGAGGCAUGGAGUCAUGAGGUUGGAGUACAGCCUACCACAUACAAAAUACAAACUAGCAAAAAAAUUUCAAGAUGAAGCCCGCAUUCACUUUCUUUCUUCUGUUGUGUCUCUUCUCGUUUGUGAACCUCAACUAUGCAAGAAAGCUACCACAGGACUACUGGAAGAGCAUAAUGAAAGAACAGCCUAUGCCAGAAGCAAUCAGAGGCCUGUUUGUUGAAGAACAUCCGGCAGCUAAUGAUUCUGUAUCAGGUUCUAAAUUUGUAAAGGAUUUUGACACUAGACCUAUUGCUGUAAUAUACCGAAGCAUCCACGGCGAGCUUAAGAAAAUCGAUGGCAAGGACGUGAGAGUUGACGAUCAUGAGAUGAAAGCAGAGAAAUCUUUUGUUGAGCGUAGCAAGCCUGGUAUGGAGAUUCCCACAUAGACUGCUACAACUAGGGAUCAUAAACAGAAGAUCAUAUAUUAAUAUUAUAGAGAAUAUGAGUAGAAAAACACAUGAAUUCGAAAAGGGUUCAUGUGUUUGUAGAAUAUUAAUUAAGCAGUACCGUGUUUGGAGAGAUUAAUUAGUGCAAUAAUAAAAAUAUUAAGUAUUACUUGCUUUGCA